AUGGGUGAUAGUUACAUGGGCUUCUCUGCGCGCCCCGCCGCAGCCGACCCGGCUCCUCGGUGGAGAGAAGAUGGUGGGCGCAACAGCGCCAUCGCCGCCGGCGUGUGCAGGGCCCUUUUCAUUGGUUACUGCAUUUACUUCGACCGCAAGAGACGGAGUGACCGCAAGAGACGGAGUGACCCCAACUUCAAGAACAGGCUGCGAGAACGAAGAAAGAAACAGAAGCUUGCCAAGGAGAGAGCUGGGCUUUCCAAGUUACCUGACCUUAAAGCCGUUCAGAAAUUCUUUCUAGAAGAAAUACAGCUUGGUGAAGAAUUACUAGCUCAAGGUGAGUAUGAGAAGGGUGUGGACCAUCUGACAAAUGCGAUUGCUGUGUGUGGACAGCCACAGCAGGUGCUGCAAGGGUUGCAACAAACUCUUCCGCCACCAGUGUUCCAGAUGCUUCCGACUAAGCUCCCAACAAUUAGUCAGAGAAUUUUAAGUGCUCAAAGCUUGGCUGAAGAUGAUGUGGAAUGAGAAACAAAUGUCAACAUAAUGAUCUCAAUUAAAACAUAUUUUUAAAAUCUUAACUCAGAAGAUGAUGGGCUCUGGGGGAGUAAGGGCAGAUAAGCUUGUUAUGGACUGUCCUCCACAGUGAAGUCUACCAAAGUUAAUUUUUACUUUGUGUAGAUCCAUUUGUCUGUUUUAUUUAUUUUUCCCAGUGAAAAGUGUAUUUUGAUAGAGAGCUUUUCAUUUUAUAAAUACACUAUGAAUUACUGAAA